CCCCGCCGCAAACACAGAAAUGGUUUGGCCACAGAAACAAGUUCUGAAUGAGUUCAUGGUUCUGCAGCCCCCAGCACCGUAUGGCUGCACGCAGCGCUACAGACAGGAAGCGGAAAAUACAGUCAGUCCCUCCGCUGCGGGCGAGGUUUAAGUAGACAGAAGUGCUUGGGGCGUAACCGGACCUCCUUUCCUAUCACCAGAUUGAACUUCUCUUCCUGGAUGGUUUCAGAGUUCGUUGAGAAGUGAGGAGGUUCACCAGAGGACAAAUGAUGACUAUCAAACCUUCAUCUCACACCACAGACUCAUGGCUGUUCUGUUGUCAGUGCGCGCUCAUGCCAGUGAUGGACCCCAGCCGGACCUGCGCUAACCUUAGCUGGCAUUCAUGAAACAGCAUUCCUCCUUACUGAGACCAGCUCCACAGAAUGCUGAGUCCUAUUGUCCCUUAUAGCCUGUUAAAGAUGCACUGGAACCCAGAGCAUGCCCAGCCCCUCAGCCAGUGGCCCGAGCAGCACCUGGACGUCUCCUCCACCACCUCCUCUCCAGCCCACAAGGGGGAUCUCUACUCCGGCCGCGGACGCAGCUCCUACAACUACGCCUGGGCCAACGACGACAUCUCCGCCCUCACAGCUUCAAACCUCCUGAAGCGCUACGCUGAAAAGUACGCAGGCGUGUUGGACUCACCGUACGACCGGCCUCCUACGGUGGGAACGUACCCAGAGCCGGGGGCGUUUGGGGGCCUUAACGGCCAGAAGACAGAGCUGGAGCCUUGGCCGCUCACACACAACGCUGAUGGCUCUUAUCCUUUGGUUCCUCCUGGAGGCCAUGAGAGUCUUUCGAGCUCCAAGACUGCUGCCACAUCUGCGGGGCCCCCUGGGGUGAGCAGCGUGUCAGUAGUCAACAGUAAUCUGUCAGACUCGGCCUACAGUGGCAGCAGCUCCUGCAGCGGUUCAGGCGAGUAUCCCUCCAGCUACAACGGCACCUAUCUCUCCUCAGGGUUCUGUCCUCAGCCCAAUGCAGUACUUCCCCCCACCUCCCUUCACACUCUGCAACCCACACCCACUCUGGUGCCCAGCUACAGCCCCAACACACCGGUUUAUAACUACCCACCGAGCACAUACCCACCCCAGACUAGCCUUGCUCCCAGCUACAGUCAUCCCUCCACAACAUACCUCCCCUCAGGUCUACCAGCUCCCACCCCCAUCCCCUCCAGGCCCACAGUGGUUGGAGGCUCAUACAGCUACCAGAGCGCCAACCUUGGAGCAUCCGAGUCUGGAGGGACAUUAAAGAGAAAGGCCUUUGAAAUGGGGGUAGAGGAGGAUGACAGUGGGGACCGAUCACGGUACAGGAAGUACAGCUAUGAUGCCCUGAAGGCUGGAGGAACCUCUCCCUAUGGAGUGAGUGAGAAAACAGAGUGCAGGGGAAACGGAUUCAGCAGCUCAGGCAGCUCAGACCCUCAAACCUUCAAGCCUAGCAAGCCCUCCUCUCAGCCCCUGGUGUCUCCUCAGUUUGGGGCUGGAGGGGAGUACAGUCCUCCUGCAGGCAUGACUGGGGAGAACGGGGUGACGGAGCAGGGCUUCACCCAGCAACAGCACCGCCCCCAGUCACUCAAACGCCCUUCGUUGUGUUCUGCACCUGUUGAAGCUAUGAAGAGCCCAGACCCCCGACUGCUGGAGCUCAUCAAUGGAGAGUUGUUAGACUGCAGCCCGGCACUGCUCUGGACCGAACUGUUUGGGCUCACUCACGUCAAGGCUGCCCUGGAAGAGGACCUGCUGUGGCCCGUGUUACGGCCCAGCCCACUGGUGCGCCCUCCAAGAACCGUCCUGCUGUUUGGUCCCAGAGGAGGAGGGAAGACAACACUGAUUCGUUCGUUGGCCUCGCAGAUGGGGGCUUCCUUCUACCGCGUGAGCGGACCUAUGUUGGCAUCUAAAGGGAAGCUCGAAGCAGAACACAUUCUGGGUUCUCUGCUGCAGGUGGCAGGGGCUCGGCAACCCGCCGUGAUUCUGCUCAGUCAGGUGGAAGCAAUGGAGGAGGAGGAGGGGCUGAGGCAGAUACUGCUAACAACCCUGGAGAAAAUCCAGGUGGGGCCCACAGGUUUGGUUAUUCUUGUGUGUGCCACUGGCAGGCCAGAUCUCCUGCCGGAUGCGGUCCACCGGAGCUUUGCCAAGAAGUAUUAUGUGAGCCUCCCUGACAUGGGGAUCCGUCAGCAUGUCCUGCUGCAGGCGCUGACGCCUCAGGGUUGCACCCUGAGCGAGAGGGAGAUGACCGCUGUGCUGCAGCGCACUGAGGGCUUCUCCGUGUGGGAGCUGCUGCAGCUGAGCCAGCAGGUGCUCUCCUCAGCAUCUUCCCCGGCCGGAGCCAUGCAUGGCCUCGCCACGUCCCCCAAAACUCCGGACUUUACAGAUUUUGAGAAUGCCUUUUGCAAGGUGCGCCCACACACCACCACAAAGGACCUGGACACUUGUAUAGAGUGGAGCAAGAUGUACAGCCACUGAGAAAGCAGCUAGUCACCGUACUCGGACUGCACUACGACCCUGUUUUUGCUUUGGCAUUUAAAGCCUUGGGGAUGUUUUGUUGUUGUUUCCUAAUUACUGAUUAUGCAGCCAAAAGAGCCAGAGAAUCUCGACGGUAGGGGCAGCGCUGAUAAAGUUAUUUCACUGGCAGGAACCUGACACGGUAUACUGUUUGUUUAGCCCAGAACACUGAUAAUAUUUGAUGUUUUCCCAAAGAAAAAGUGAGGUGAACGGGUUUUAGUCAUUUGGCCAACAGGGGAAAUCGGAGGGGUGUCUCGAUUAGCCUGGGUCCAGGACAAAAUCAGUUAUUUGUUGCUAGGCGAUGUGGUCCAACAUUAUGGAUAAUCAGGGUUUGGAAAAUCCGCCCUUUGGCUGCUACUCUCAGGAUCCUAUUUAUUACCAAUCCCCUUCCAUGUUAUCCUACAGUCAGUGUAGUCAUAGGAUUGUCGCUCAAAGGGCUUGGGAUCAGCAACACUUCAGCAACUGUUUUUUUUACCAAAAACUUGACAAACCAAAUACAUAAUAAUAAAAAAAGCACUGAUAAUUUCUCAAAACUGACAAGUAGUACAAAGUAAAAAUCGCAGCAUGUUGAUAUUCACAAUAGCUUUUUUACCAAACUAUGACACAAAAACCUUCUCGGAGAAAACAAGUGAAGCUGGGCCUCCUUUGUCCUGGAAUGCAGCUGUUGAAGUGGAGUGUUUUUAUGUUUCGUUGCAGAACCAUGCCUCCACCCAUCUAAUCACCAACUGUGCGGUGCUUACAGUAAAUAUAGUACGAUGAACCCAAAACCUGCUUCACGAUUCACAUUCCACAUCAGGUUCAGUUUCCCACCUGCAGAACAACACCUGCUCAUUCAGCUUGUCCCACAUCGUGUUGGUUUUCCUGCCUCCGCUCCUCCUGUCUUUUUUUUUUUUUUGUUUCGUUUUUUUUUUUUUUCUUGUAUUAUGUGAUAUUGUUUGAAAUGCUCAGGAAGAAUUUCUUUACCUCAGAAAUAUGAAAUAAAGAAUGUAUGUAAUCUUAGGGUCUUAGAUGAGAGUGAGAUAGAAGAGCGAGGAGGACCGUGACAGUCUCGUGAAAAACCCAUUGCGGCUGGGCUUGUACCUUAGCAGAGAAACUUGAAUAUUCUACAAAGAGUAACAUUGAAUGUAAUUCAGGUAUUUCAAAGGAUAUUUGAUGCCAUAAAUCCAUGUAUUAUUAUAUAUGAAUAUAUAAAUACAUUUUUUUUGUUCGUUUCAGUUCUUUUACCAUUUAUUUUUAAUGUAGUUUAUGGUGAAGUGAUGAUUGUCUUUGAGAAAUGUAGAAAACAGAAAAUAUUUCUUCUUUUGUUGGACAGACUGCUGGGAAAUGCACCGUUUGGUGUUUUCCUCUCAUAUCUACACACACAGACAUCAUUUACCAGCAAACCUUGGCAAAUGUGUAAAAACCCUUAAAAUAAUUUAUUCUACUAGUUUAACGUCGCAGAAAUACAUUCAGAAAGAUCCAAUCUAAAAACCUCCCAAAUUUGUCAACUUUUUUAAGUUGAUUGGAGUUUUUAUGAAGUUUGAGAUAAAACUCCUUUUACCUGGAGUUGUCCUACAGAAAACCUCUAUGUUCAUGAGGUAACAAUCUCAUCAGUUGUUUGAUUUUCAUUUCAUUUACUGUCAAUAUGGGCUCCUUGUGUAAAUAUUAGCUUACUUAAUAAAGGGGCCCAUUUUAACAUUUUAAUUUUUUUUAUUAUUGGGCUCUUGGGUUGAUGAGGACCCAUGCGUAUUUUGCCACCAUAACAACAACUAGAUGCUUCCCUCACACCAAAUGGCCCCUUAGGAGGUCAGUAAACAUGUGGACUUGUAUUAACCCUUUAACUGGAGCUGUGGCUUUUGUCAGAUGAGACAAAAUUGUGCUGUUAAGAAAUAAACACUCUCGGUGGGUCCGGUGCAAAAAAAAAAAAUAUUAAGAGGCCUUAAAGUAUGACGGAGGAUCAGUGAUGCUGUGGGUCUCUUGUUUGAGUGCAUGGAAACACCAGGAACCUAUAGUAAAAUAUUGAUUUAUUUUAAGGCUUUUUGCACAUUUUUAUGAGGCGUGCCAAGGAAUCUGACCGCAACUGUAAGUUUGUUCUAUGUUGUGGUUCUAAAUUGUAUUUCUGAAUUUGAAAAAAUAAACACAGAACCAACCCCAAUGCACUGACAGUCAACAUCUGAACCCGAAACUUGAUUAAAAUUGCUUAGAAUAUCAACCCCAACUAGUAGUUCAGACCAAGGUGUUGCAUGUGGCUUUCAGUACAUCGCAAAGAUUAAAUAUUUACAAUUAUUUUGUGCAUAAGCCGGCAUGUAGACAAUCCAGCAAUAUAUCUCCUUCUACAGCAGGUCCUUUUAGACGCUGGAACAAACCCAGUCAAUGUUCUGCAGGCAAAGCGGCUCGUAAGUUUCAGGAUGAUGUAAUAUUUCCCUAUCCUCCAUCCCACCCUCUGUCGCUCCGUCCUCAUCAUUCUUUUUUUUCUCUCUCUCUUUUCCAAAAUGCAAUCUCAUUAGACUGGAUUGCCCCCGGCCACAGGCUCCAGUGACCAUGUGGCGUUGAAUCUCCUCCCCAACAUCCCUCCUCCUCCCCUCCUACUUCCCUUAUUCUGAUUUCUCCGGAGUGGAAGUGGACUGAUUGAUGCCCAGCAAUCCUAUAUCUCAGAGCAGCCUUCCCUCACCAGCUGGUGGCUUCGGCCAGAUCAAUCAGAGUGACCCCCACUGUCUUGGAAAUUAAAAAAACAAAACAAAACACUUUACCACAAUUGCUCACAUUAAAUUACAGAAAUGAAAUCACUUCCUUCUCUCUGUCGACAGUUUGUCCAUCAAAACAAGCUUUUAUUUUGUCCACUUCUAAUCUGCCCACCGCAGUAACUUUUUCUCUUGGUUAUUGUACAUUUUCUGUGACCAUUUCUACCUCAUUUUUGCAGCAUAUUGUACAUGAAAAUAUUUAUUUCAUGUCGUUUUAUUUGAUGUCUGUUUUAAAAAUGAUAAUGAUGUUUCUUGAACUGUAAUAGUCUACCUCAGAAAAGACUGUAUUUUAAGAGAAGAGUAUCACACAAUAUUAAACAGAAUUUGUCAAUAUUG